AUGGAGAGUGGAGUGUCACGUUCGUCACUCGUCCAUGGCACCAAGACGAAUCCAAAUUCUGAUACCUGGUACGACACUGAUGCAUUUCUCUUGGAUCAAGUCAAAGAAGUGUUGAACAAACUCAACGAUGGAUCGAUAGACGAUGAAAUAUGGGGAAAAAUUGUGAUAAUGGAGAGAUGCAAGCGAGUUGCAAAAGCAUACCUUCGUAAAACUACCGUAAUCAUUGAUGGUUCUGAAGAUGAAUUUGAUGGCAAAACACUUGGAUUCAAUCAUUUUGAAAAUAGUACACGCGAUGAAUAUACACAAGAGAUACGUGCCAAAAUCAAUGAUGGUGUGAUUCUAAAAAUGGAUUAUCAAGGAAAUAUCAAGGGAAUGGCUCGCGGAGCAACACCAAUCAUAUGCCAAGGAUGGAAGGACACGAGAACUAAUUGCAUUUCGGAUCGGCUUGUAAGACUUCAUGGAAAAUUGAAUCAUGGCGCUUCGGAGGAUGAGAAGGCUUAUAAAGUGUUUGAUAUGAGAAAGUUCAAGCACUCAUUGGAGAGAGAAAUUCAUGACGGAAAUCCGGAUGCGAAAGCCUUGUUGUUGAAGACAUGCGUUCGAAUUGCUCUCGUAAAGGUGAAUAGCAAGUUUCGCGAUGGUGCCGAUAUGGCUCGUACACCGUGCUGGUUCGCUGUCGUCAAUUUGGUUGCCUUGGAUAUGCUGAAAGAAAAAAUCCCCGACCUUUUCUCUAUUUUAAAUGGAAGUACAUUGAGUAAAGCAACUCCAGUUCCCCAAGACUCUUUGGACACUCAAACGUUGACGCAGAUUAUUGCAGCGGCUGUUACUCAAGCGAAUAAAGGAUUGGCCGUUCCUGCAACACCAACAAGCCUUUCAAUUUCGCCGGAACAACUUGCUCAAAUCGCGUCGACUAUUAGUAUCGCUCAAACAAAUACCAUGAGAACUGCGGAUUUGACAACAAUGAACAAGAAGGAGAGAAAGAAAACAUAUCACUGCUCAACCUCCUCGCUUGACUCAUCCGGCGAGGACUCAUCCGGUCAACGCUCGGAAUGCAAUCCUAAAAUGAGGGUGAAACGUUGGGAGCAGAACAAUUUGAAAGUUGAGAAAAGUGAUAUGGAGAAAGUUUUGGAGAAAAGUAGAGUGGUUCGCCCUCACCGCCCUCUUCUGCAAGAUGUUAUCUUCACUAGAAGUCAUUCCAUCACUAGUGACUAUGAUAGUAAUAAGGAACACUUUGAUUCUGGAAGUUGGAGUUCAACUCAGUCAAGAUCGCAAUAUAAAGGGAGUCAAUCAACCGCAUCCUCGGUGGUGUCAGAUCAUGAGAUAUCUGCCUUAGCGCGUGAAGAACUCAAGGAAUCCAGUGAGAUCAGAGAAGCCAACAGCACAUCAGAGGAAUCCAGUGUCGAACCCGCGACACCAUCACCAGCACCCUCUGUUAAACUUGCACCAACACUACCUAGAAAAGAUUAUGAAUCCGCAAUGCCUGAAGAGACUGAAAUUAUGCGAACCCGUCAUAACUCGAUAGCGCCAUUGGAUUUCACGCCGAAACUUGAAGGGCCCAAAGAAUGGAAGCCGUCAUUGAAUCACACAAGAAUUGAUCAUUCCCCACCACCACCAUUGCCCAAAACACCACAACCGUCUGGCCAGCCAAUACAUCAGAACUAUAACACCUUUCAUUCCAACCCCAGCUUUUACGACAGCCAUGACGAUGUGGUGAAUAUGCGCUCCCAGCUUCGCUCGAGGAACGGCCCGGAGAUGGAAAUUUACUUCGGCAGAGUCGCCCGACACUCCUCCGAUCUCUUCCUUCCAACGCAACAACAUCAGGGACGAGCCAACCCCUUCGUCAGCGAACUCCGACAAGUUCUCGCAAAGCGUACGAAUGGAUUGCGAGUUGCCCGCAACCACUCACAACCAGCAGCAGCUCAUCCCAACUUGCGACAAUUCACCAACAAUUACCAAACAAGCACGAACGGACGAUGCACACCACCGGAAAGAGCACAGUCGCAGCUCAUUGGAUGUCAAUACCCACGCGGGCUUCGUCGCACAACGAACAUGCAGCUUCAACCGAGCCACCAACAACCGCAAAGUAUCAAUUAUGGCCAGUCGAUUCUGUGCCGCGACGAAAACUCAACCCGAGUCAACAGAACCGGAUCACUUCCAUGGGGACAAUGGCAACAUAUGAGAAGAACGCACAUGUAA